AUGGGACAAGAACCAUUCGGCGUGGGCAUAAUUGGCUACGGAUCUAGCGCCCGAGUUUUUCACAUUCCGUUCAUCUCCGCAUCGCCAUUCUUUCGACUACGUGCAAUUGUGCAAAGGCAAACUCGAGCCGGACAACCGGAUGCUGCGACUGAGUUGCCGGAUGUCACACUGUACAGGCGCGUGGAUGACUUGUUGCGAGACAAGCAGAUUGACGUGGUCAUUAUCACCACGCCGCCAGCAUCACAUUAUCAGCUAGCUGCCGAUGCUCUGAGAUCUGGAAAACAUGUGGUCGUGGAGAAGCCGUUCACACCAACGUAUGUCGAGGCUGAACAGCUUGUUGAACUGGCAGCCAAGACCAACGCACUACUUACGAUCUACCAAAACCGUCGAUGGGACUCGGACUUCGUGGCGGUCAGCGACCUAAUGGCUCGCGGCGUGCUUGGUCGAGUGGUGGACUUUGAAAGUCAUUUCGAUCGUUUUCGACCCGAGGCACCAGCGAACACCUGGAAAGCUGAUCCCGCCCCUGGCAAUGGUGCCAUUUACGAUCUCGGCACUCAUCUUAUCGACCAGGUCGUACAUCUCUUCGGUAUGCCUGCCAGAGUGACUGGAUUUGCUGAUGGCAUGCUUGCGACUAUCCGAGCGGGCGUGAUGAGUCCGCAGCAGGAGCAGUUGAGAUUUUGGGUGCGGGGUGAUCGCGGAGCGUUUCGCAAGAAUGGAUUCGAUCCUCAGGAAGCACAAUUGAAGAAGGGCUGGAGCCCAAGCGAUCCGGGGUUUGGCGAAGAAGCGGAUCAGCCCAACCGUGGUGUGAUCAGUCUAGCAGUCCCGCAAGAUGGUGCUACGACGAUGACUGAAAGUGAACAUGUGGAUGAUGUCCCACCUGAGCGAAAAACGUAUGCGGAGUUCUACAGGCGACUUGCUCUCGCGAUGUGGACGGGCGAUGCGACUUUGCUGCCUGUGGCGCCAGACGAAGCUGCCCAGGUCAUUCGUCUCGUUGAACUUUUGAAGGAGAGCUCCUCACUUGGACGAACCUUGCGGGUAUGA